AUGGUGGAAGGUAAUGUCUGUGACCUGAUCGGGCUAAGUGAUUUGCUCCAAUUGCACAACUGGCUGAACGGUUCCGUCCUGAAUCGUCUGCCCGGACCAAAGGCUGAUGCACCGUAUGGUGGAAUUAAGCGUUUUAGACAAAGUCCAAUUGAGUCGCCACCGGCCUAA